AUGGGAGAUAUUAAUACUCAAUAUGAAUGCAUUACUCAAAUUUACCCAAAAAAUAUUUCAUUAAAACUUGAUAACGAAGAAGAAUUAAAUAUUGUUUAUGAAUUAGAAUAUGAAAAUAAUAAAUAUGCUUAUAACACAUGGAAAUCAAUUAUACAAGUAUUGUUUAUAAUUAAUAAAAAUAAAUUCCCACUUCCUUCUUCAAUUAAAUUUGAGUUAAUUAAAUGUAAUGGAUGUGAACCAACACAAUUAGAAACUGUAAUUUCAAGAUUAGUCAAUGAUGAAUUAACAGAAAUUAAUUUAUUUUCGUUGUAUUUAGAAAUACAACAAUUUCAAUCUGAUAAUACUAUCCCAAGUGGAAAUUGUUGUAUUUGUUUAGAACCUAUAACACCUUCUAUUUUAGCAAUUCAAUUACCAUGUUACCACUAUUUUCAUUCUGAAUGUAUUGAUAACUUAAAAACAUCAGGAGCUGAUUGUGUAUGUCCAAUUUGUAGAACCCGAUUCUCAAAUAAAUUAAAUCACAAAAAAGAAAUUAAUUUAACAAAGUACUACGCUAUGGAUGAUGAUAUCUAUAACCCAUUGACCAACACCCUUUCUAAUUAUUUUAUUUUAGUAAAAAAUUCUGGAAUAACACAUGCCCGUCAUGUUAUUUUAUCUUAUUUUUAUCAAUUCUCUCCAUUAAAAGCAACGUAUAGUCUGGACGAACAUGGAUGGAUACUUUCAUUCCAAUAUUCAGAACAAGCUAAGUCAUGUUGUUCAACAUUUACUGGAAAAUCUAUAUUACCAAAUUAUCCUAAAAUGGAAAUUAGUAUGUACAUUCCUAUACAACCUGAUUCUGGAUCUCCACUAAAACACACAAGCUAA